UUGAACCUCUUACCAUAUAGCGGUUCGCCACUACUCCGUACCAUGAAUUACUUCUUCAAAAGCUCUAAAUUGGCUCAAAAGUUCUUUAAUGGCUUCAACCGAGUCCAAAUCAACACUCAGAGCGUCCGCCACCUGUCCCAAAUUACUGGAAAUAUUGAAAUUGAAUCCCGUAAAUUUACAGCAAAUUAUGUUCCAUUGACACCAAUAAGUUUUUUGGAGAGAGCAGCAGAUGUUUUUAGAGAUAGAACUUCAGUUGUGUUUGGCUCUUCUGUUAAGUACACUUGGGAAAGUACACAUUCUAGGUGUCUAAAACUUGCUUCAGCUUUGGUUCAGCUAGGAAUUUCUCGUGGAAAUGUGGUUGCAACUCUGGCUCCUAAUGUACCAGCAAUGCAGGAGCUGCAUUUUGCUGUACCAAUGGCUGGAGCAGUUAUUUGUACAUUAAAUACGCGUCUUGAUUCGUCAACGAUAGCUGACUUACUAAAACAUUCAGAAGCCAAAAUCAUAUUUGUUGAUCAGCAUUUGCUCCAAAUUGCUCAAGAAGCACUCAGUCUUCUAUCAAAAGACAAAACAAUGAAACCACCAAUUCUAGUGCUAAUUCCUGAAUCUGAGAAUUCCUCUCCUCCUAUACUUGAGACAUCGUCGUCCACUAACGUUCAUGAAUACGAAAAUCUUUUGACAAGUGGGAGUAGGAAUUUUACAAUAAAGUGGCCAAAAACUGAAUUUGAUCCAAUCAGUAUCAAUUAUACUUCCGGAACAACGUCACAAUCCAAAGGAGUUGUCUACAAUCACAGAGGCGCGUAUCUCAAUACUAUUAGUACUACGUUUCUGGUUUAUGGAAUGGGUUCGAUGCCUACAUAUCUUUGGACAUCUCCGAUGUUUCACUGCAAUGGAUGGUGCAUGACUUGGGGAAUGGCUGCAAUUGGUGGCACAAAUGUUUGCCUUAGGCAUAUCUCUGCUAAAAAUAUAUUUGAAAGUAUUUCUCUCUACAAAGUCACACAUAUGGGCGCAGUACCAACCGUGACAGUCUUAAACAUGAUAGCAAACUCCAUACCAAGCGAUAGGAAGCCGUUUCCACACAAGGUGGAAAUAUUAACAGGUGGAUCACCACCGCCUCCUCAUAUAUUUUCCAAAAUGGAGGAGCUCGGAUUUGGAGUAACUCACGGGUAUGGACUUACAGAGACUUACGGUGUAGCAACAUCUUGCUUGUGGAAACCUGAGUGGGAUUCUUUACCCCUUGAGGAACUAGUCGCGCUUAAAGCAAGACAAGGGGUACGACAUCUUUGUAUUGAAGAUGUUGAAGUCAGAGACCGUGAGACAAUGGAAAAAGUGCCACAUGAUGGAAAGACAAUUGGCGAAGUUAUGUUAAGAGGAAACACUGUAAUGAGUGAAUAUUUCAAAGAUGUUAAAGCAACCGAAGAAGCUUUUAAAGGCGGAUGGUUUCAUAGUGGUGAUCUUGCUGUAAAACAUCAAGAUGGUUACAUAGAAAUUAAGGAUAGGUUAAAAGACAUUAUAAUUUCAGGAGGCGAAAAUAUAAGCUCGUUCGAGGUUGAAAGAGUUUUGUAUAAACAUCCAGCAGUAGUUGAAGCAUCAGUAGUAGCGCGACCAGACGAUCACUGGGGACAAACACCUUGUGCAUUUGUUAAACUGAAGGAAGGAUUUGAGGAAAAAAUUACUUCACAGGAAAUAAUCAAAUUUUGUAGGGAUCAUUUGCCUCAUUACAUGGCACCUCGGACAGUAAUUUUUGAAGAUUUACCGAAAACUUCAACUGGAAAAGUAAAGAAAUUCAUCUUGAGGGAGAAAGCAAAAGCUUUGGGCAGUCUUUUCUACACUGAAGUCUAAAGAAAGAAGGAUAUACUUAAGCACGCGCGGAACUAGAGUACAGGGAGCGGGUUCGACUGAACCAGUAGCUUUGAUUCGAACCUUAUUUUUGUUUAUAUAUCCAUUGAAUAUGUAUAAAUUAUUAAUUUAGAACUCAAUAACUUAAAUUAAUUAGAAUCUCGAA